CAGGUGUGUCGGGUGCCACGGAGAUUGCUGCCAUGAUGCAGGGAGAAGGUUAUCCAUGGCUGUUUCUCAUGCUCCUGAGCACCUCUGUGACCUGGGCUGAGUUCACCCGGAAGUCUGUGUUUAAGGAAAUGGAACUGCGAUGGCUGAAGCCUAAAGUGAAUGAGCUCUCCAGGGCCACGUCUGCAGAACAGACAGAGAUCGUCAACAAACACAACACACUGAGGAGAGGAGUGCAACCCACUGCAAGCAACAUACUCAAAAUGAGGUGGAACACAGAGGCUGCUGCCAAUGCACAGAGGUGGGCCAAGACCUGCUCCAUGAAGCACAGCAGUCCCAGCCAGAGGAAGAUCAGCACCAGUGGUUGUGGUGAGAACCUGUACAUGGCCAGCUUUAAGAACUCCUGGAGCAACGCUAUCCAGUCCUGGUACGAUGAGGUGAAGGACUUCAAGUACGGUGUUGGAUCCAUCAACGGCCGCAUCGUAGGACAUUACACCCAGAUUGUGUGGAACAGGUCAGACCAGCUAGGCUGUGCCAUGGCUCACUGCCCAAACUCCAAGUACAAGUACUUCUACGUCUGCCAUUACUGCCCACCGGGGAACUCUCAGAUGACCCACCCAUACAAGUCUGGACCUUCCUGUGGGGACUGUCCAAAUGCCUGUGAGAACAAGCUGUGCACCAACCCUUGUCCCUACAUGGACCAGUACAGCAACUGCCCAGAGCUGAAACAACAGUGGGGUUGUGACGACAAAGAUGUGGCUUCCUGGUGCCCCGCCUCCUGCAAAUGCACCAAUCAGAUUGUCUGAGCAUCUGUCCUCGACUGCCAGUCAACAUGCUUGUCCAGUUAGCAAAGUAAUAAAGCUGAUCACCUAAGCAUCA